ACAUUGAUAUUCACGUUUCAUCUUUCCCUUUCUCUUUCAUUUGAGAACACACGUUCUCUUUCUUCUCCCACCACAAGCCAAUCGACCGGAACCAAGCCAACGCCGGCGAGCUGCGACCGCGACCACUCUCCCUCCAUCCAUCACUGUUUUCAAUUGGGUCUGAGUCAAUACAAAUUUCAAUAGUUUCAAACAUUCAACUUUGGCGACUCUAUUCUACUCAACUCUCUCUUUCUCUGCACUGUUCUACGUUUACGGCAUUUUCGGGGUUGUUGCGUUCUUGCUUCUCUGUGUUGAUGUAUUGCUGCUUCUUGCGUUGGUGUGUUCAGUAAACCAAACAUGAUAAAGAAGGAUUGGGUGGCGUUGCCUCCACAUAGUCAAAGUUACAAGGAUGGUGUUAAUUACUUUUUGGAUAUUGCAUUCACCAAAGGAAUGGUUGAAGAAGAAGAGAUUUUGUGCCCCUGUGCUGUAUGUUGCAAUGAUAGUUGGGAAACCAGAGAUGUAGUGUUCGACCAUUUAUGUAGCAAAGGAUUUGUAAAAGGAUACAUGGAAUGGAUUUAUCACGGUGAAGAUGAAAGUCUUAUGGAUCUUGAUGGUGAUAGUCAUGACGAAACAUCAUCUCAUGAUGAUAUUAAUGGGUUACUUUUUGAGACGUUUAAAGAUGUCGCUGAUGGAGGUAGAGUACAUGAAGGGCUAAAUGAAGAUGCAAAGAAAUUUUAUAAACUAGUUGAUGAUGCAAAUCAAGAGUUGUAUCCUGGAUGUGAAAGUUUUUCCUCGUUAUCAUUCACUAUUCGAAUCUACUUGUUGAAAUGCCUCCAUGGAUGGAGCAAUGCAUCAUUCACUGCUCUCUUAGAAUUGUUGAAAGAGGCUAUGCCAGAUUUGGACAUCCCUGUCUCUUUCAAUAAAACAAAAUCUAUGAUAAAAGAUUUGGGCUUAGACUAUAAAAAGAUUGAUGCAUGUCCCAAAAAUUGCAUGUUGUUUUGGAAAGAGCACGAGAAAGAUGACUCAUGUCAUAUUUGUGGCGCAUCAAGGUGGAUAGAAUAUCCUGAAGUUGCUAAUGAGCCUGACGAAAUUAAAAAAGCUCACAAGGUUCCCGCCAAAGUUCUAAGACAUUUUCCUUUGAUUCCAAGAUUGAAAAGACUCUUUAUGUGUUCAAAGACAGCCGACACAUUAAGGUGGCACUCGGAUAAGCGUUCAAGGGAUGGGAAGUUAAGGCAUCCGGCCGAUAUUUACAUUUCGUCAAGUUAACCCUUUUAUUGAAGACUUAACUAGUUAUUGUAGUUGG